UGCUAUGGAGGGGGGGGGGGGGGUCUGAUCUUCUCUCUGACGAGAUUUUAGUGGUAGAGCUAACAUGCCUGUUGUAAAGGCUCACAGGCUGUGGAACGUCUAUAUGGGGUUUCACGGGGAAAUUUCGUUGCCACCGUGAGGAUCAGUCCUCUCUGCAUUGCAGCACUAUGGUUGAGGAAAGCGGGGAGCAGAGAGCCCGUGUUGCACACCGAGCCCAGCGCCCAAUCAGGUACCUCUGUCUGGUACCCGAGCCAAUCGGCAGCCGGCAGCUGAGGUUAAAGAUUGACAAUUGCAGGAGAGAACAGCAGGAAGAGAAGGCCUUGUGGGAAACCUGGACCCCCAUCUUCCCCUCAUCCUCCGGCGUUCUCAAUUAUUGAUAGAGAUAAAAAGGAUAGGCCGAAGAUUCUGGGAGUGAGAGAGGAGAAAAGUGUUAUAGAAGAAGAGGAGAAAACAGAAAAACACCCAGAAGUAGAAGAAAUGGAGAUCUCUACGAGAUCAAGAGACGCAGGCUCAACAGAGAGGAUGGCCCAGAAGAGAAAGGUCCCAAGUCCUUCACCCUCAUCGAAUGGCCACUCCCCUGCUGACACCUCACCUUGUCCGGUGAAAAAGAAGAAAAAGCCCGGAGCCGUCAGCAGCAGCAAAGACCAGUCUGAGCUAAGACAUGGACCCUUUUACUACGCCAAGCAGCCAGCACUCACCUCAGACCCUGUUGACGUUGUACCGCAGGACGGCAGGAACGACUUUUACUGCUGGCUGUGCCACCGCGAGGGGCAAGUGCUCUGCUGCGAGCUCUGCCCCAGGGUAUACCACGCCAAGUGUCUCAAACUGCCAGCUGAGCCCGAGGGCGACUGGUUCUGUCCCGAAUGUGAGAAAAUAACUGUUGCUGAGUGUAUAGAGACCCAGAGCAAGGCCAUGAUGAUGCUCACUACAGAGCAACUUUCUUACCUACUUAAGUUUGCUCUGCAGAAGAUGAAGCAACCAGGUGAUCAUCCCCGCUUGUCAUCUCGCUCCCCACAUGCAGCUUCCUCGCAGAGAAAGACUUUUAAUUGGACUGAACCUUUCCAGAAACCAGUGUCUCUUGAACAGCAUCCUGAUUAUGCAGAGUAUAUUUUUCAUCCUAUGGAUCUUUGCACACUUGAGAAGAAUAUUAAAAAGAAAAUGUACGGCUGCACAGAGGCCUUUUUGGCAGAUGUUAAAUGGAUUUUGCACAAUUGCAUUAUCUACAAUGGAGGCAAUCACAAGCUCACAGCUACAGCUAAAGUGAUCGUGAAAAUCUGCGAACAUGAGAUGAAUGAGAUCGAAGUGUGUCCGGAGUGUUAUCUGUCCGCUUGCCAAAAGAGAGAAAACUGGUUCUGUGAACCCUGUAGCCACCCGCACCCUCUCGUAUGGGCCAAAUUGAAAGGGUUUCCAUUCUGGCCUGCUAAAGCUUUGCGGGACAAAGACGGACAAGUGGACGCCCGCUUCUUCGGCCAGCACGACAGGGCCUGGGUCCCUCUGAACAACUGCUACCUCAUGUCCAAGGAGAUCCCCUUCUCUGUGAAGAAGACCAAAAGCAUUUUCAACAGCGCCAUGCAAGAGAUGGAGGUGUACGUGGAGAACAUGAGAAAGAAGUUCAACGUUUUUAACUACGCCCCCUUCAGGACGCCGUACACUCCUGACAACAACUUCCAGCUGCUUCUUGAUCCUUCCGACCCCGCGUCCACUGCCGUGAAACCCGAGAAACCGGAGAAGAUCAAGUUGAGCAUCGAUAUGUCCGCGUCGCCCAAGAUCGCCCUGACCAGGACCAUCCUGCCUGGGGGAGGAGUGGGGGGGAGCACAGCGGGGCGACGACGCCCUCUGGGUGACGCGCAGCGGUCCCCUAUGAGCGCCAGCUCCUCUGCGCACGGCGGCUCCGAUGGGGAGCAGGAAACGGCAGACGGGUCUCAGGCAAAAUCGGCGGUCAGUCAGUCCAGCGCGGGAGAAGAGUCCAUUGACUGUACAGGAAAUUCCCUGGACAGUCCGAAAUCAGCUGACUCUCAGACUGCUGACGCCCCCAAGCAGGAGAAGACGCCACACACUGGAAGCAUUCUGAACCUUAAUUUAGAUCGAAGUAAAGCAGAAAUGGAUCUAAAGGAGCUCAGCGAGACGGUUCAGCAGAAGCAGGGAGCCGCUCCGGCCCUCACCUCUCCAAAACGGCAGAUCAAAAGCCGCUUCCAGCUAAACCUGGACAAGACAAUCGAGAGUUGCAAAGCACAGUUGGGUAUUGAGGAAAUCUCGGUGGAUGUUUAUAAAGGCGUGGAGCACAGUGACUCUGAAGACUCCGACAAAUCUGACUCCAGCGAGAGUGAGUAUGCCACAGAUGAAGAGUCAAAGCCGAAGCCUGGCCAAGACCCGGUACCCAAAGGGGAACUGCAGAAGGAGCCUGCCAAAAGUAAAGCGAAAGAGCAAUCUUCUGUAAGCCAGGCAGAGAAAGACGAAGGUGAUCUACUCGUGUCAAAUGCCACAAAUGAUACCAGUUCUACGGUACCUGACGAUUCGACUGAAGAAAAAAUAAGCCCCGACUUGGGAAAAAAGAACCCAGAUGUGACCGAAACAGCUCCAGAAGCCCCUUUGCCUAAAGACAAGUCCCAGGUGAAACAAAAGGAGCCAAAACAGACGGUGCCAGCUGAGGACUCUGACUCAGAGAAGGAGCUAGUUAUUGAUCUUGGAGAAGAACAGCCUGGCAAAGAGAAAAAGAGGAGCAGAAAAGACAGCGUUAUUAACAAAGACUCAACAGCAGGUAAACCUGAAGGAAAAGCUUUGACCACAUCAGUGCCCCCAUCACCAAACACCCCCGCCACUUCCACAUCCUGCAGUGUUUCCACUCAGUCUCUUAUGGCCGUUCCUGUCACUAUGGUCACAUUCACUGCUUCCUCUCCUGCAACAGUAAGCCACUCCUCCAUCUCCAGUGCCACCACAACGCCAUCGUCUUCCUCGUCUGCGCCCACUUUGAAGAAACAGCGCCCCCUGCUGCCCAGAGAGGCGGUGCCGGUGGUUCAGAGAGCUGUGGUGUGGAGUCCCGCUGCAAAGUUCCAGACUUCUUCUCAGAAGUGGCACAUGCAGAAGGUGCAGCGGCAGCAGCAAACCCAGCAGCUCGUGGUGGCCCCACAAACGCAGGCGUCCUCUCCCAGACAGAGCCAGGCCCAAGCGCUCAACCAGACACAGGUCGCUGGCGAUGGCUCCGCAGCCGUUCCUUCUUCCUCAUCCUCAGCUCAGCAGUCCUCGCAAAGCUCUCGCUAUCAGACCAGGCAGGCUGCCAAGACCGUUAAACAAAAGGACCCUCCCAUCAGCACACCUGCAGGCCCCCAGGCAUCCAGCAGUGCAGCCUCUGUUGCCAUGCCAGCGCCAUCAUCGGGUCUGGCCACGCCCGCGUCCUCACCGGCUGCACCGGACCUGUACGUUCCCACUGCCUCGGCAGAUGUGGCGGCAGACAUUGCAAAGUAUACAAAUAAAAUAAUGGAUGCGAUUAAAGGUACGAUGACUGAAAUAUACGAUGACCUGUCUAAGAGUACUUCAGGGAACACAAUAGGAGAGAUAAAACGGCUGAGAAUUGAAAUAGAAAAACUACAAUGGUUGCAUCAACAGGAGUUGUCUGAAAUGAAGCACAACCUUGAGCUGACGAUGGCAGAAAUGAGACAGAGCCUGGAGCAGGAAAGGGAGAGGCUAAUGGCCGAAGUGAAGAAGCAGAUGGAGCUGGAGAAGCAGCAGGCGGUGGAUGAAACCAAGAAGAAACAGUGGUGCGCUAGCUGCAGGAAAGAGGCCAUCUUCUACUGCUGCUGGAACACCAGCUACUGUGAUUACCCCUGUCAGCAAGCCCACUGGCCAGAACACAUGAAGUCCUGCACUCAGUCAGGUAACAACAUGUUCCAAGCGACCGCCCCACAGCAGGAACCCGAGGCUGAGCCAACAGCGGAAGUCCCAAACAAAGGUGCAGGGCAGACGAGCAGUGGCCCUACUACCCUAAGAGAUGCCCCAGCGUCUGCCUCUUCAGACAAAGACUGUGACACAGAGAAAAGUACUGAAAAUGUUGCUGUAACCUUGUCUUAGUCAUGUAAAUGUAAGAAUAUGUAUGUUUUACUACUAUAUUAUGUCUGCGCUGUUCUGUGUAGGAUUUUAUUCCAAAACUAAGAUUCAGUUGAUUGUUGUUUAUGUUUCUUCUACUUUUCAAGACUCGCAUAUUGUCCUCUUUGUACAGUAAUGUACCAUAGCAAGAAUGACAGUACACAGCAGUAAUCAUUAUAUAUGGACAGUUCAAAAACAAUUAUCGCCCACCCAUGUUCCUGUUUGCUGCUCUAUACAUGAAGCUGUUCUCGUAAAUGAUCUAGGGGCAUGCAUGGGUCUCACGAAACUCAAUGGAAAGUCUUCAUACAAUCAUACAAUACAGUAUGUUCAACAGAUCAUAAAUGUAGAUUAUGAGACUGCUGGCAGAAAUGCCUGUAAAAUACUUUUUUGCAUUCUUUGUUAUUCAGCUCUCAUUUGAUGUGUACUUUUAAAAAGUAUAUAUAAAUAUUUUUCAAAACGG